AUGUUAGAUUUACAAAAGGCGUUUGACACUGUAGACCAUGACAUCUUGUGUAGAAAGUUACAAAAAAUGGGUGUGGAAGAGGUAGAUGGCGUGUUAUAUCCUGGUAUUGUUAAAGAAAAACAGGAAGCUAAAAAGACAUACGAGAAAGCUAAACGAAAAGGACAGUCUGCUGGACACAUAUUUUAUAAACCUCGAGACACUAAUAAAUUCCGCGUUACUAUAAAUAUUGCUGCGCAAUCGGAAGUGACGUUCCAGUUGACGUACGACGAACUUCUUCAACGAAAACGAGGCCAAUAUGAGCAUAUCAUUUAUAUUGAUCCAAAACAAGUAGUAGAUCAGCUUCUUGUGGAAGUUUUCAUCUACGAGUCUCGUGAAAUUACAGCAUUAAGAAUACCCCCAGUACGAAACGAUAUUUUGUCCAAUUCCUUUGAAAUAUCAACCAGCAAUGACUUAGCUCUUGUUGAACGACCGUCUCCAAAAACUGCUUACAUCAGAUACAAUCCGUCACCAGAGGAACAGAAAAAGGACUCAGCACAGGGCGUGUCAGGUUUAUUUAAAGUCCAGUAUGACGUGCAAAGGUCACUUGACGCAGGAGAUAUUUACGUGGUUGAUGGAUACUUCACCCACUUUUUUGCACCAGUUGGUCUUGCGCCCCUUCGUAAAAGGAUUCUUUUUGUUCUUGACAUAAGCGGGUCAAUGAGUUUCUCACGCAAAAUAACACAACUAAAGGAAGCUAUGACUCAAAUAUUAAGCCAACUGAACGACGAGGAUUAUUUUAACAUUGUUACAUUUGAAAGCAAUUCACAUCCAUGGUCACCUGAAAUGAAAAAAGCUAACAGUGACAAUAUAAAUGAAGCAACCGAGUUUGUGCAAAACCUUAUAGCGGAAGGCGGAACAAAUGUUCAUGAUGCGUUGACAGAUGGUUUAGAUAUUCUUCAAAAUAGCAACGACGUGGGUGUUAACGCUCCUAUUAUUGUUUUCCUUACUGACGGUGACCCUACUGUUGGCGUUACAAAUUUCAAUGAAAUUCUUAAUGCUGUUGAAUCUAAGAACAAAAAUAAAAUACAAAUUUUCAGUUUAGCUUUCGGGAGUGACGCUAAUUUUGAAUUUCUUAAAAAGAUUUCGGCUCGCAAUAACGCAUUUGCCCGAAAGAUUUAUACUGAUGCUGAUGCGAUGCUACAGUUGACUGGUUUUUAUAACGAAAUUUCAGAUGUUCUCCUUUCGAAAGUGUCAUUUACAUAUCUGGAUGACACGGUUAACCUUACAUCUCUUACACAAUCACAGUAUCCUAGUUUCUUUGAUGGAUCAGAACUUGUUGUAUCAGGAAAACUGAAUGAGUUAGACUCUGAUUUCAAUGCUCUUACACUUUCCGUUGUCGGAAAUGGAAACAAAGGUGUAAUAGAGUUAUCGUCAACAACUAAAAUUGAAAAUCAGGGUAAAAAUAACAUACCAGACUUUAAAACAAGACUGGACUAUUCAACCAUUGUUGAAAAGACAUGGGCGUACUUGACGAUAAAGAAAUUGUUGAAAGAGGAAUUGAUUACAGAGAAUGAUCUGCUAAAAGAAGAGAUUAAACUUGACGCUUUGCAUCUGGCUUUAGACUAUAAUUUCGUUACUCCAAUGACGUCAAUGGUUGUUACAAAACCCGAGAGAAAAAAGGAGAACGACACAAAAGAGACGAAUAAUGUACAAGAGGACGAUGCUAAUGCGCUAGAAGGUUACAAUGAUCCAGGAACAGCUGCUUUGACAGGCUCUUCGGGAACGCUCAGUCUGGCAGGAAAUAAGGCAAAGUUUAUGACGGACAGUGAUCCCCAUUUUAUCGUUACCGUCAAAGGUUUAGAUUAUGCUAUCUGUUUCGACGUGAUGGGUGAGGAAGGGGAUGUAUAUAAGUUAAUUACUGACACAUAUUCCGGUCUGACAGUCGAUGCAAAAGUUGUGGCUAAUAAAAUGGUCGUGAACGGAGCGAAUGUUUCCCAUCACUCUAACCCCAGUGAAAUUAAAACUUUUCUCGGCGAAAUACAUAUAAAAAGAAGGCGAAUGGAGCUAACUGUGACACCAACAAAAAUCACUCUGAUGGGUGAAACUAUCGACUGGACUAAUGGUACCACACUGAGUCACGGUAAAACAAAAAUUGUCAUUGACCAGGCUGGCUCGAUGGUGGUGGUAAUGUUCUAUGACAGAGUUACGUUUCUUGUCAUGCGACAUCUAAGGUCGAAGUCAUUAUUGAGGGCAGGAAAGGUCAAUUUCCUCGGCCUAUAUAUUGUCGAGUAUAAAGGAUUGUCUUACCAUACACACGGACUACUAGGUCAGUUCCUACACAGAAACGUUAUUUUAAAGAAAACAAAAAAUCGGAAAGGAAAGUUGAUGGGUCGUUUGAGGGUAAGUGGCAAUACACAGAGACCACGCAAGGUAAUGGCCACUUUAGGCCACCGGUUAAAUCUGGCAAAAAACGAAACUGUGUCGUGCUGGAUGGUCCAACAUAAUGGCGAUGCCCUUCUUGAUGGAAAAAUCACAGAUUAUUUGAUUAAAAGAGGUUCGUCUGACGAGUCGGGUUUAAACAUUUCAAACGAAAAUAAACAACAGGAAAAACAGGGGAAAAUAUCAAAUGUUAAGCAUAAACUUGAAAAAAUCAAACCCGACAGUGAGAAAGAUAGCAAGUAAAAUGCUUUUUGAAUAGGUGACGACUAAGACUGUUGUGACGGUGUAGAAAAUUCAUCAUUCCUAAAGAUAGAAUGGACGAAUAUUAAAAUAAAGACAAGUAGCAUAAACAUUGGAUAUUAUGAUGCAGAUGUAAUGAGGUGGCAUUUAGUGAUCAUAUGAAUCUUUGGUUUGGAUAUCAUGAAUUAAUUAUCGUACUGUGCUGACGUAUCGUAGUGAACAUUACGAUUGCCAAACUGACCUUCUGAUAAACAAGAUUGAUGGUGUUGUACAUAUGUAUACCAUUGUAAACUUAAAGUGUGAAGAAGAUAAGUCGUGGAGAGAAAUUGGUGAGAGGGAGUUUGCUUUUUUCGAAAUAUCAAAAACUGAUACAGUAACUAACAGAUAUGUAUAUGUUUGCUUGAUAUGUACCCCGUCUUUGAGUUAAAUGUAUAUACGUGUUUGGAAAUUAAACGUAAAACGACGGGAAAUGUCGAAGCACAUCGAUGUUUUCAAAUGUGAAAUGAAGACGAGAAGGGAUCUUCAACAUUAUAUGUAGACGAAAAGGUUUUGAUACACGUUGUUAUAUGACUGCUUUGAUUAUUCACUCAAGUAAAGUGCAUAUUUACAUGAUCAUAUAUAAACUUUCGAAUGAUUGAGAAAUUUUGUAUACAAGGUUUAAACAUUCACAAUAUUUUCAUUUCUUCAAUGGUUAUGUUUUGAUAGGACAGUUAUAACAACGGUUUUGCUGGUAUGCAUGUGUAUAUAGACAACUGUUAGUCAAAAUAUGGUUUGAAAGAAUAUUAAACUUACACAAAAAAAUAUCAAAAUGGCAUAAUUAUAUAUAUCCUGAUUGGAUAGUUUUGUAAAUUAGCUUAUGAGAAAAUAAUAUGAUGAUAUAAAAUCUUUUGAAGUGUUA